CGAGGCGGGCAGACGUGGCAAGCCGAGGGCCGGACAACGGCGAGACGGCGGUGAAGUGGGUUGGGGGGGUGGCGUUGAAGAGGCCGGCCGGUUGGCAACAGCCGAGUUGGCCGGCCUGCAGCAGCCGGGGCGAGGCAAGGCCGUCCGGAAAUCGGACGCCGGCCGGGGCCGAAGGGGGGAAAAGAGGCGCCGGCGGAGGCUGGCGAGACGUUGGUACCGACGCCGGUCACUGUCUCGGUUGUCAAGGCGGCGGCGGCGGCGACUGCCGCCUGCUCGCGGAAGUAGAGCGCCACCUGCCGACGGAGGGUGGAGUUGCGAGGGCCGCGCUCGUGUUGGACGGCUGUGGAGAGAGCAGUGGGGUGGGGUCGACAAAAAACGGAGAAAAUGAGAAGCGUGGCCAACAAUCGGGGUCUCGUGAGGGACUCAAAGUCCGAAUCUCUGACUCAGUCGACUCCUCUUGGCAACGCCGCAGGGUCGGCCGUCGCCCGUCCCUCGGUGCCCAGCAGAUUCGAGCCGACAGACACAAACAGGAACUUUCACUCUCCCCAUUUUCGCGACUCGCAACGGCAUUCCUCUGCCCCUCGGCGUCGGCCGCCCCUCGCCACUCCUCUCGCCACUCCCCUCCCCUUCCUCGGCCUCAGCUCCAUCCGACAUGUUGGGUUGCGGAGGCGGAGGGAGAGAAAAAAACUCAACGGCCAAAGGCAAAAACAAUGCGAACCCAACGCGCACGGGCAAGUUCAAGUCUGCCGCUUGUUCACGACCCCCUCGGC